UGACUCCACAGUAGCAGAUUACACUAUUAAUUCCAGUAAGAAGCAAUGGUGUUCCUGAAGUCAGUGGACAUCUUAGGAUUAUUUAUAGGUUUACAACAAAUCCAUUGUCAGUUUGUGUACAACAUGGACAGUUGCACAAAUGUGACAUUCCACAGAAGGUCUGAGAUGGAUGAUCGGGUGUUUGCCGGGAGCCUGAUAGAAGAGAUCAACCAGGUGGACAUGAGGCCUGAGUGUUUCUCUCAGUGUCAGUGGCGGGCGGUGUGUAACCUGGUCUUGUACAACCCCCUCUCAAGAACUUGUAGACUGCUCUCUGAAGGUUUAAACUCGAGCAGUGAAGGUGUUUUCGAGAGUGGAUGGCAGUAUUAUGGGGCUGCCUGCGAUGGCUACAGAUUGGCAAAUAGCCGGGAGGGCGUGGACGUUAUCGACACAGACCCAACGGAGAUGUGCAACAGCAGCUACUAUUCAGCGUCUGACAACUCCUCUUCCUGUUUUAGAGGAGCAUCCUGGAAAACAUUGAAAAUAAAGUGUCUUCCAUGUUAUAGUCUUGCUGCCCGUCCGUCCAUGGAUCCAGCGGCAUCCUACUCGGAGGAUCUGGACUUUGAUCUCGACGUUGGAAUGACUCUGAAGCUCAAUGUAUCAGGAAGUGAAACAAUAUUCAACCACGUGUGGCUGAUGCUUCCUAAUCAAGACGUCAUCUAUCUGUUGUCGUUGAGGUGGGACUUUCCCAACGUUGGACUCUUUAAAAUUAUCUUCAACACUCGUCAAGGAAACGCAUGGGGUGCUGAGUUUCGGACCGACUUUGCCCCAAACACUUCCGACAACUAUGUGAUUGAGAUAUCCAUAACAGAGACGUCUUUCCUGACGUACGUCGAUGGAACUUUGUGGAUGACUAACCCAAUACGCUUUCCUCUCAGCGGUGUCCGACGUAUCGAGCUUGAUGGAUUCAAUGCCCUCCAUGAAUUCAGCAUCGGGAAGGGAAUGUGUUGAAUUUUAAAGCAACUAGCUGUCGAUUUCCUUAUCAAAUUUGAGAUGUGUUAUGGUGGCAAUUGUUUCAUUGUCACCAAUAUGUCCCUGAUGCCUAUAGCCAAAUGUGUCAUCACAUCGAUGCAUAUAUUAUUACACCAUGGCCAACUGUGACAUUUAGUUAAUUGAAUUUAAAUGGCUAGAGCGUGAGACAGUUAGA